AUGCGGGCAGCUCUCUGUCUCGCACUUUGCAUCACCCUAGCAGCGAGCCAUGUUUGCGCUAUGUCUGCCCAAGCAAAACAUCUCCGCCGGACAAGUGUACAGGCACACAUGUCCAAAAGAGCUCACAAAGCGGCAUCUCAUCACGCAGCAAGCAAAGCCAAGAAGUCUGCCAACAAGACCAGCAAGAAGAAGAAGAAGGUGACGAAGAAGAAGCCAAUGCCGAAAACAACGAAACACAAGCCUACACCGGCAAAGACUGCAUCCGUCAAACAUACCACCACGAUGACUAGCAAGGUCGAGACACCCAGCACUGUCAAAUUUACGAGCACUAGCACACACACCACGACUACUACGACAAGCACGACAGCAACUUCCACGUCCACUGUUGUCCAACGAUAUGCGCUCAAUCAGACAUGGGCAGGCAAGAACUUCUUCGACGACUGGGAUUUCUUCUCGGACGCAGACCCCACGCACGGCAUCGUCAAUUUCCUCAACGAGUCUGCCGCUUUCGAUGCCGGGCUGGCUUACAUCAAUUCCGCAGGCAAUCCUGUACUCCAGGUCGACGCCAAUACGACGCUUCCGCUAGGCGUCGGGCGCAAUUCUGUCAGAAUCAUGUCAAAGACUGGCUUCGAACGCGGUCUGCUCAUUUUCGAUGCGCUCAAAAUGCCCUAUGGCUGUGGCACAUGGCCUGCUUUCUGGCUCCUCGGUGACCCUACUUACCCAUGGCCAACGCAAGGCGAGAUUGACAUUGUCGAAGGUGUCAAUCUCAAUACGGUCAACCAGAUGACGAUCCAUACUAGCGAUGGCUGCACGCUCCAGACUCCAAUGAAGGCUACUGGCAAUAUCGUCGCAGUGACGGACUGUAACGCGCUAGAGAAUGACAACACCGGCUGCGGUGUGCAAGACACACGCACGAGUUCGUAUGGUGCACCUUUUGCCCAAGCUGGUGGUGGUGUUUUCGCGACUCUCAUCGAUGAUUCUGGCAUCGCCGUCUGGUUCUUCACACGCAAAGCCGUUCCUGCGGAUAUCACUUCGGGCAAGCCGACGCCGAGCAAAUGGGGCCUACCUGCUGCAUACUACAAUUCAUCGACAUGCCCCCUGGACACUUUCUUCGGACCGCAGUAUAUGAUCUACGACAUCACUUUAGGAGGCGACUGGGCAGGAGGCGCUUACCCGUGGUCGGGCUGUCCUGGCAAUAUCACGUCGUGUGUAGCAGAUCCUACCAAUUUCGAAAACGCCAUCUUUGAAACCAAGUCGAUCAAGCUCUACACACUCACUUCAUAG